AUGGCGAUUAUGUUGAGAUGUCUGCCCUUGAUGGGACUGAUGGUAUAUUUAAUAAUGAGUCACUUACGUUUGAUGGCAGCCCUUCCGCUUGGUGAAAACUCAUUCGAUGAAUCUGAAAGCAUAAAAAAUUCUAGGACGCGACAAUGGUUUCCAACGCCCUCGAAAUUCGUCCCAAAUCAUAAUCUCCUGAAGAGAAAACCGAUCCGUCCAUCUGACCUGCCAGCCUCUCCAGCCGACCUCCUGCGCCCCGACACAUUCCAAUUCUACACAUUCGACAAAUCCGGCGAGGUAAUAACAAAACAAAUGACCAAAAAAGAGAUUCAGAGUUUAAUCGCUGCUGGAGGUGGUCACCUUCCCCCAAUGGCCGUGGAGAUCCACGAGCCUCAAAAAGCCGGUGAAGUGCCAACAGGCGGAACAAGAGUUGCGGAUGUAGUACAAAACGUGCAGAAUGUACUGAAAGGUGAAUUGAGCAAGCCAACACCUUUGAUCUCCACAAUACCAAAGAUUCCUGGCCACGCAAAUUCCGAAUGGAGCAGCAUUCUCCCCUCAAUCCUCUCCGGUGACACGGAAUCCAUUCCCCUGAGCCCACCGGAGCCAUCACAACCGCAAUAUCCGGAUGAUGAAAAAAUACCGGUGUACGUGGGUCACCCGGUGUAUGACGAAAUAACGGAAAAGCCGAUGAUCCAAGUGCCAGUUAUAACAGUAGAGGAGAAAUUACCAAUUCAAAACACUUCGAGCGGUGAUCAAAGUAGUCACGAGGAUGAGAGUGGAAGUAGUGGGCCAGUAUUCCAAAUACUGAAUACAAUAUCAGCGGAUAUGGUGAGAAAUGCCAGCAACAGCUUCAACGAUCAGUUGACGGAUGCUAGUGAAUCUAUCGAUCGACCACACGUGAAGCCCGAAAUUAUUCAACUGAUGAAAAACGACUCCAAGACAGUUGUGAGCGCUCACACAACUCAGAAACCGAUUGACGCCACGACUGAAGAAGUCAAGCAUGAUGUCAUCAGUGUUGUAUCCGAAACCCAUUCGACAUCGAUCAAAAUCCCUGGACAUGAUGAGAUAAAGAUAGAUCAGUCAAAAUUACAAACUGAGAGACCUAUUACUUCCACUUCUGAGGUAACUGUGCUGAAGGAGGCGAUUGAUCAUGAUAAGCCAGAACCAUCGACGUCUAAACCGAUCGAUAUUAAAGAUAAAUUCGAGGUGAUUAAGCCGAUGAAACCGGUACUGUUGAACAACGUCUUGAAGGAACCUGAGUCAUACCUAACGACAGCGGAGCCUGUCGAAAUAACUGAAGUCGUUUCAACGUCUGAGAAGGAUGACUCCUUCACUACAGAAUCUAUUCCAACGACUACGGAAUACAAUAAAUUGGAAGAGAUCACAGUUCCACCGAGAGAUGCUCAAGAAACCCCUUUGAACGCUUCUUUAUCCAGCAGCAACACCACCGAGUUGCCUUUAUUGGAAAGUACCACUGGGAAGACAGCUGAAGUGACUCAGCAUGACUCAACGACUCAAGAACUAAAAACCGGUUCGACAUCGAUAACAACACCUUCGAUAUUGAUGACCAGUACUGACGCCUCGCCAGAAGCAACUGUUUCAAUCUCAACCGAAGGGGUUAAACUUGAAGAAGUCACUGAAAUAAUCAACACAUCAACUGCAGAAGAACUUACUGAGAGGACAAAUGAGGUGGCGAUCGAGCUGACGACAGAAGUUAUUUCGACAACCCCUGAGUCCUCAACUUAUGCACCACCGGAGGAGACACCACUGCCUAUUGAGCUGGAAGACUCGUUAUCAAGCAUGAUUUCCCAGAUUUCCGAAGCCAUCAUAGAACCCCUGUUGCCCACCAUGAAUAAUUCAUUGAACAUCAACUCUGACGGAUCAGUUUUGACUUCUGGAGAUGUGAAGCGUCAGGAGAUAGUCUCCAGCAUAGCCCCUCCAAUAGCACCGUCAACUCCGGAGCCAUCACCGACUCCUGAGCUGCCCUCAACAACAAUCGCAAGCACGACUUCAUCUGUCAAGGCAAAUGCAACAUCAGAUGACAGGAAUUCUUUGAAGGAUUCGAAACCGAAGCCAUCGGUAUCGACAGAAGCCACAGAAACUCCGAUUGUUAGAAUCGACAUAAUGGCACCUGUCAAGACGACAGCUUCUCCAAAUUCGAAUGGUUCAAUGGUACCUGCGGGAGAGUCUCCAGUGGUGAGGAUUCAAUUAACAGAUCCAGUUACGACAGUCAACCAUAUAAUCGAGUCCCUCGCGCCUGAAAGCUACUCAGCCCCUCCAGAAAUUGAAGAUUUAUCGCUUCCUACGAGAGGAAGCAUCACUGCAAACAACAUCUCCAGUAGUUUAAUCGCUGGCUUCUCAAACAACGAAAAAUCGAGUCAGAAUGUCACGAAAAUUACGGAUGAAGCUGUCAUCCUGGAUGUAGAGAAGAAAGAAAUCGAAGAGAAACUCGAGGAAUCAACUGUCGAAGCAAUGACCACUGAAGAAUGGCAGCCGACGACGGAUUACGAUAAAACAAUGGCGAUAAUGAUGCAGCAGAUCAACUUCGAUGAACUUCCGAUGUUCCAUGGUCAUAAGACAGCCCCUGUCCCUCAGAAAAGUGAAACAAAAGUUGAGUCUACAACGGCUGAACCCGAGUCUUCGACGAUCAAAUUAACCAAUGAAGUGCCGAAGAUUGAUAAGAAUUUGACGACUACAUCAACAGAGGAGCCUCCAUCGCCGCAAACUAACUCAGAAACGAAAGACGAUAGCAAAGCUGUCGUAAGUCAUCCUGAGACAACCGAUUCCCAAGCAAUUCCAGCAGUGAAAACCGAAGAUAAUUCUGAUCUCUCAUCAACGUCUACAUUAAUCCCUGCAAAGAUUCAACUGGACGAUCUUCCAAUAGUUCACCACAGAUACAACAAACCUGCAUUGAGGCCAAAGCCUCCGACAAGGAAAAAUAUCACAGAAAGUCAUGCUAAAGACGAAGGACUCGAUCUGAAGCUCCCACACUUUCCAUCACUGAGUGUUUACGAAGACGAUCCUUACAAGAAGCUAGGAGAGACAGUAGCACCCUCUCCUCGUCCAACAACUGAGAUCCCUCAAACCAACAAAACCCUGAAAAUCAAGGAUCAGAAGAAGGAUUCAAGUAUGGAGCUGAUGGAGAAGCUUCCUCUGAUUCCAGUAAAGCACAUCUCGCAGUCUGACAAGAAGCCCCCGAAGACAACAACACCAGCUCCGCCAAUCAAGAAACACGAAGACCAUCAUCAGGAAUCAGAAAGAUGGACGUUGAUUCCCCAGAAAUCGCCUCCAGCAACAGCUCCAAAGAUCCAAGCGAAACGACCAAUUGACGAGUCGAUCACAGCCUCUCCUGUCCCUGAAUCCACCACCCAACAACAGCAGAAACCAACCGACCAAAUCCCCCUCACGCAUUCGAAGACCGACGAAGCUCUUGAUUCAAGCGUGAAAUCCCUAGAGCCAGACAUCGCCUACUUCGCAAACCUUUGCAACGAUCUUGCCUUCUCAUUCUGGACAGCGACUAAUGAGGGCUUGAGCGCAGAAAGAUCAUUAGCAGUGUCUCCAUUUGGAAUGACGAGCAUGUUAGCCAUGGUAUUCCUCGGUGCACGAGGUCCAACAUCUGAGAAAAUGAACAAUCUCCUCAAGCUGGAUGACGUUGCAUCCUUCAAUCCACACUUGAUCUUCCAGAAUGUAACGGAUUCGGUGGGGUUGGCUCGCAAACAGGGAAUAGCAAACGCAGCCUUUGUCCGGGAACUAUUCGCAGACCGGGUUAAGGUCCGAAAACUACUGCCCUUUUACAAAGAGCAGGCGCAACAGUUCUACGACGGAGUCGUUGCCGAGGUGAAUUUCGCGACGAUCAGUGACCUAGUCAGAAGAAGGACUAAUUUAAUGGUGAGGAAGCAGACUGGAGGGAGGAUAAAGGACUUCGUCAGAACCAAUAUUGUCCCCUUGACAUCGCCAUUAGCUGCUUUAUCCGCCAACGUCUUCCAGACAGACUGCAACUCGAAGGACGCGAGUUCUGAUGGUAGAGAUGGAGAACUCUACUUCGCGGUUUCACCAGCAAUACGACAGAGGAAGCUGGUACCGGUCCCGUCGACCGUCUGGAGAGCGGGGAUUCUCGCGGGUUAUGAACCCAAUCUCGAUGCCACGGCUAUUGCUUUAGGAGGUCCGAAAAAGUUAGUAUCCACGAUUUUUGUUAUUCCUGGACAGCAAGGAUUCACAGCACCUGGGGAUAACCUGGAACUCCUGGAGGAAAGACUCAUCAGGGGGGCGACUCACGAUGGAGUUUGGAACAAAUUGCUCAAGGUUGUUAUUCCAAGACCCGGCCUAGAGCUCCAAGUGCCCAAAUUCAGUCAUAGGAGUGUUAUCAAUGCCACUGCUGCGUUGAAGAGGAUGGGGCUGCAGGGUUUGUUCGAUAAACAUGCGGAUCUCAAGGGGAUCAAUGGAGUUGGUGCUGAUCUACAUUUGACGGAUGUUCUACAGAUGAAUCUGUUCAGCACCUGCGGAGACGAGAACAUUCAAAGUGGAAGGCAUCACGUCGAAGUUUACCCAUCGAGCUCCCAGAGAAAUGCCCGAUCAUCUCCGCAACCCAAGGCAUAUAAAUCCAGAAUCUCAGAGCCAUCAUCCUCGAUACAGAGAGAGGAUACGGACAAGCCAAGACUAAAACUAGAUAGACCAUUUUUGUACUUCGUUCGUCACAAUCCCACCGGUUUGAUCCUCCACAUGGGACGCUUCAACCCUAGACUCUUACCAUAA